GGGUGUAGACGUGCUGGAGGAGGGAGAAUAUUGCCCACCUCCCUGGAUCUUCAUAUUAUCGCGAACUUCAGGAAAAUAAGGGAGUGUACCUUUGACGUGUGUCCAGUUUAGAGCCAUGGCUACAAGUGACUCUGACACUAACCAAGACCAGCAAAAGGUUGUGUUGAAGAGGAAACUGACAGGUCCACCAAGACUUCUUCUGGGCAAAGCUAAGAAUGUGAACCAAACUGAAGAGAGGUCAGACGCACGAGCGCUGAGACACCGACGAAGAAUGGACAUCAAUGGGACAUCAAAGGACUCCACUCCUCCGACAACCUCAGACACAUUGGGAGAGGAAGGAACCACGUUGGGGCUGUCCUCUGAAAAUCUUCAAACAACUGUGAAGAGGGAAACUGAGGGAAGUGACCAUGCAAGGCUCCAAAAUGAUUGCACUACUUGUGAUGCUGGCCAUCAGGAGGACACAGUUAAGGAGCAACAUCUCGACGUUAGCAGGAAGAGGAAAAAGACCACUAAAGAGGGAUUAAGGAGUCUUUUUCCACACGUGUUUAUGUGUGUCAAGAGAAGGAGAGAUAAACAUGGAGACGGUGAGGUUAAAAAGGGGAGUGCACAGUCUAUGGAAUGUACCGGUGAUGACACUCAGUCAAUGGGUGACAUCAGCACGCCUGGUGCCACGUGUCACUCGUCUUCCUCCAGUGCUGAUCCGGAACCUGGAACUGGAACUAAGACUAAGAAGAAGAGGAUGAAAAGAGUUUGGUUCCCAUUUGUCGGCCGCCACGCAGAUAAACGCACAUGCGUGACCAAGGAGUCACAGUCAUCAUCAAAAGACACAGAGCCAGAGGUGCGAAAGAAGACGCUUCGGAAAAGAAUCCAGGGCUUCUUGAGCAGACGGAAGAAAGCAGACUCCUCUAACCAGUUUGAAUGCGGCGCCACACAGACACCGGAGCCUGAGCGUGUGGAAAGACUGGUAGACAACCAUUUGGAGAAUAAUGAGAACCUGCCCAGAAUACAUGAGGAAGACAUCCCAGAGAGAGAUGGAGAGGGUCAGGUGGCCUGUCCAGACACCAUGACGGUUAGUGCUGAGGUGAUGGCCACCAGUGCGAAGGGCACUGAGUGUGAAUCCCAUGAAGGAGACACUGAGGAACCUCGCUGCAAGAUGUCAGAGGAUUUGACGUCAAGGGAGGAUGAAAAUGAGCUGGAGAGCUGUGUAGGUACACAAGAACCCUCCAAGAUGGAUCUGAAUGAGUCCUCAAGCCUCUCUGAUGGUGCUGCCAUCUUGAUCUGUGUUGCUGAGUUGGACACAGGCUUCAGACCACAGAUUGAUAUCGCCAUGGCCACGGAUGAGGUGUUCCGGAAUGGGCCGGAGGAAAUUCAGUUAUUUGAUAGCAUGAGGGAGACAACAGGACCCGACCACGACAGCCUCGUACCUCGCAACAGCCCCAGCAACAUGUCGUUUCUGACUGUGCCAGGAGAUGGUUGCAGGAGUCUGUGCGAAGCCAACAGCACAGAUGCCAAACCCUGUGGCAACACAUUCGAUUGCAGUCUGUCACCUGAAGACACCGGCCUUCUGAGUGGUGAGAGCCUGCUAAUACUCACCGCUAACUCCCUGGUCCGAGCGGCCAUCAAAAGUGCUCUGUGUCAGCUUUCAAGGGAAAUACAGCCUACCCUAACAAACAGCCACAGAGAUGAUAAUGUGGAAGAGGCCUAAGUUGUAGUUAGCUUAUGGACAUGGCUAUUUUGGAUAUUCGGUUGUAGCAUAUAAGAUAUCCAGAUAUAUUUUUUUCCUUACAUUGUGCAAUUUAUAUGGGAUCCUUACAUGUAUUUCUGUCAUUUUACAGCCCAGUGAAUCUACAUUGUGUUGUGAGGACAUCUAUUGUGCUGUGCAUUCAUAGUAAUGAAUACAUACUUUGUCUUCACAAUCAGGAGCACUCUAACACAUUAUCUGACCAACAUACACAUAUGAAAAUCUACUUUCAUAGAAGAUUUGGAUCAGAAAAGAUCUUCUGAAAAAUAUUGA